UUAUAAAGAGAGGAUUCUAAAAAUUGUAGAAGGACACUACAAAGUGAGAAUAAAUAUUUCGAACACGAACGAGAGCCAGGACCACGGGGGUGAAGUGGGCACGUUCGUGAUCAGGGUGAUCGGCGAGAACGGGAAGAAGACGGAAAGAAUGCCGUUAAGUCCUCAGUCGAAGUACUAUGAACCAGGCAGCACGCACACGGUGGUCUUGCCCGGAGACGUGGUGGGCAAACCAGAAGCGGUGGAGAUUUCCUGGGAGUAUCAAGCCUCCGUUUUCAAUCCGCUCACGUGGCGGCUGAUACACACGCCUCGGGUCUUCCUCGACUCGUUAACCGUCGCCAGUUUAGAGGCCAAGCAUGAGACUACUGUGUGUUUGGACGAGACGAAAACUCUGAUGGCCAACGAACCAAAGACUCUGACUACUCGCAACUGCCACAACUCUGACCUGAACAUGGUCUCUGCAUAGAAAAGGAAUUUUAUAUUUAAUUUGUAAUACGUCAUGUAAUUUCGAAAAUAAAAUUACGAUUUUUAAUCACUA